GCGAGGUAUGUGGUCAGGAGAUCGCCGGGGAAGAAGCCGAUUGGAUAUUUUGGAGCAAAGUUCUGAAGUAUAAAUAGAGCAUCUUCAUCUCUCAAGACUUCAGAUACCUGAUCGAACAGAAACUCGACCGAUUGGUUUCACUCAAUUGAACUUGUAGGCUACUGGAGACGCGUUUAUUUUAAAUAUUUUGAACUUUGUAUUUAGUUCAAACCUCAAUAAUCGGCGCAGACAUUGAAAAAUCAAUAUUUUUGGAUCAAUAAAUAGGCUACAUCCAUUUUUCUCUCUAACAUUUUCGUUGAAACCGGUACACGCUGGCGAUGUGGUGGAUGCUGUUUCCCCGGUGGAUCUGGUUCUUGGUGGGGCAGUGCCUGGUUCUGUGGCUGGACCAGCGGGUCAGGGCCAUGUCUGUAUCCGGGGUAGCCUACUCCCAUGCCGGCAUCUGCCCCAACGAGAUGAACCCCAACCUUUGGGUAGACGCCAUGAGUACCUGCAUGCGGGAGUGCGAAUCUGACCAGGUGAGUGUUCCCUGUCAUCACCUCCUACUCUACUCAGUGAGAAAUAACAUAUAUGAUUGUUUUAAUUCAAGUUAUUAAAUUAUAGGUUUAAAAAUAAUUAAUUCAUGAUGGAAUAUGAGUAAUUUGUAAUUUUAUAGGAUAUAUAAUUCAAAAAGUACAUUGCAAUUUGUCACUCAACACCUGCUUUUCUAUUAAAUGAGAAGAUAAACAUUAUUAUUAUUAUUAUUAUUAUUAUUUUAAUAAAAAUAUUUUUACAAUUGCUUCUCUAACAUGUUGAAAUAUUCUAGAGUAACCAAUCCUUUUAAUCCCUCUCCCUACAGGAGUGUGAGACGUUUGAGAAGUGUUGUCCCAACGUAUGUGGGAACCAGAGCUGUGUGGCGGCACGCUACAUGGACGUUAAUGGGAAAAAGGGUCCAGUGGGCAUGCCCAAAGAAGCUUCCUGUGCCAGCUUCAUGUGCACCCAGCAGGGCUCUCAGUGUGACAUAUGGGAAGGCCAGCCUGUGUGUAAGUGCAGGGACCGCUGUGAGAGAGAACCUCACUUCACCUGCGCCUCCGACGGCAUGACCUACUACAACAAAUGCUACAUGGAUGCUGAGGCCUGCUCCAAGGGCAUCUCCCUCUCUGUGGUCACCUGUCGCUUCCACCUCACCUGGCCCAACACCAGCCCCCCGUUGCCCCUGGAGACCACCCUUCGGCCAACCACAGCCCCCCUCCAGGAGAAGCCCCCACUCCCGACAGAAUCCCCAGCCACCAGUCAUGGCCAGCAGCUCAUCACAACAGUUGGUUAUCGUGGGAGACACAGCCAGCUUCCUGUGUGACGUCACGGGGCGCCCGCGGCCUGAGAUUAGCUGGCAAAAGCAGCAGGUGGAGGGAGACGGAAGGGAGAGGGUUGUAAUGAGGCCCAAUCACGUGAGGGGGAAUGUGGUGGUCACCAACAUUGGCCAGCUGGUGAUCUACAACGCCCAGCCUCAGGACUCUGGUGUCUACACCUGUACUGCAAACAACCCCUCUGGCUCGGCCUAUGCCCACCAUGCCCUCACUGUGGUGCCCAGGGAUCCCCUGAGGAGAGAAGAGCCCAGGAACAUGACCCGCUGCCCGGCCGAGGAGUGCCAGAGGCCCCCUGACACGGUGGAGGAGUGUGGCGGGAAGGAGAGGGUGAGCUGGUACUACGAGCCCAAAAGGAACAGCUGCUUCUCCUUCACACACGGCAGCUGUAACAGCAACAGGAAACCAUUUGAGACGUAUGAGGCGUGUAUGUUGUGCUGUGGUCCGGAGGUGUCUGCCCCCUGUGGCCUGCCCAGCCUGCAGGGUCCCUGUAAGGCCUAUGAGCCCCGCUGGGCCUACAGCAGCAGCCUGAGGCAGUGCCAGUCCUUCAUCUACGGAGGCUGCAGUGGCAACGACAACAACUUUGAGUCCAGAGAGGCCUGUGAGGAGAUGUGCCCCUUCCCUAAGAACCACCACUGUAAAACCUGCAAACCCAGAGGCAAGAUGGUGACCAGCUUCUGUAAGAGUGACUUUGUGAUCCUGGGGAGGUUGUCUGGACUGAUGGAGGAGAGGGACUCGGGCCAAGCCCUAGUCACAGUGGAGGAGAUCCUGAAGGAUGAGAAGAUGGGCCUCCGGUUCUUCGGCAAGGAGCCUCUGGAGGUGACCUUCAUCAACAUGGACUGGAACUGCCCAUGUCCCAACAUCAGCGAAGGUCAGGUCAUCGUCAUGGGAGACGUGAGGGACGGCAUGGCCGUGCUGCAGCCGGACAGCUACGUGGGAGCGUCGAGCUCACGCCGGGUACGGAAGCUCAGAGAGGUCAUCACUCAGAACACCUGUGACAUUCUCAAAGAGUUCCCCGCCAUUCAGUAG